AUGCCUCCAAAGACCGGUGGAAAGAAGGCCGCUCCGGCUCCAUUCCCAGCUGGCAAGGCCGGCGCUGCGGGUGGUAGCAAGAAGCAGGCAAAGAACCCUCUCAUCGAGCGCCGUCCAAAGAACUUCGGCAUUGGCCAGGACAUCCAGCCACGCCGCGAUCUCUCGCGCAUGGUCAAGUGGCCAGAGUACGUCCGUCUCCAGCGCCAGCGCAAGAUCUUGAACCUCCGUCUCAAGGUCCCACCGGCUAUUGCCCAGUUCAACAACACCCUCGACCGCAACACCGCCGCCCAGACUUUCAAGUUCCUCAACAAGUACCGACCUGAAGCCAAGGCCGAGAAGAAGGAGCGCCUGCACAAGGAGGCCACCGCUGUCGCUGACGGCAAGAAGAAGGAGGACGUGAGCAAGAAGCCAUACACUGUCAAGUACGGUCUCAACCACGUCGUUGCUCUCAUCGAGGCCAAGAAGACCCAGCUCGUCCUCAUCCCCAACGAUGUCGACCCAAUCGAGCUCGUCAUCUUUCUUCCCGCACUCUGCCGCAAGAUGGGUGUCCCAUACGCGAUUGUAAAGGGCAAGGCCCGUCUCGGCACGGUCGUCCACAAGAAGACCGCCGCUGCCCUCGCCAUCACCGAGGUUCGCGCAGAGGACAAGAACGAGCUGUCCAAGCUCGUCCAGACCAUCAAGGAGGGCUACAUGGACAAGAACGAGGAGGCCAAGCGCCACUGGGGUGGAGGCAUCAUGGGCGCCAAGUCCCAGGCAAAGACCCGCAAGGCUGCUGAGCGCGCCGAGCGUGAAAUCAAGAUCUAA